AUGGCCACUGUAAGGCCCAGAGAAGGCUCAGACGAUGACAAAAGUCUUCCCGAGAAGCGCACCAAGCUUGAUCAGCCUGAGAUAGACGGAUCGCUUGAUCUGACGGACAUUGCCAGCAAAGAGGCACAAAGCCCUCUGCAAGCGGGCAUAUCUGGCCUCCAAGCCGCUCAUACGUCAUCAGUGGACAGCAAUGUGCAUCAACCAGAUACCCCAACGUCUGAACCGACUGCGAGCACGUCAGACAAACGAGAGACCAUGUUCUCUCGCUUAAAGACGAUCGGCGGUCGGCCCCAAACGCUAGAGGAUGUCGGCAUUGAGGCCUACGUAGACAACAGCGUCCCCUCCUUCACUGCUCGCUUCAAAGAGCGCUUCACAGACUUUCUUGUCUGGGAAAUUGGCAAUGACGGUCAAGUCGUCAGGUUGAAAGAUAUCAGACGGCCUGCUCGGCUCGUCACAAAUUUGCCAGAUGAUUAUGUCCUACAACGGCCCGCGUCUGCACCCGUGCCUACGUCGGAGACACCUGCGAGUGCAUCCGAGCCACAAGAGCCAGCGUUUGAGGGACCACCAGAGCAAGAUCCACGGUUGGCGAAAGUCCUGCCACCCGACGCGCUUGACUCGCUCAAGGACUUGUGGCAGAAAGGCGGCGAGGGCUGGAGUGCUCGCGGCUCGGUGGCCGUCAAAGCUAUGGAUAGUAAAGAUGAUCGCAAAGCGUUCCACCAGAUCAUUCGCGAAGUAUUCGGUGGCAAGCUCAUUACCGAGCACAAGCAAGAAGACGAAAAGACAUCGAUCAUCAUUACCUGGGCCAGCAAAGGUCGAGGGAGAGAUGAUAACAGCCGACCGAGAGGCGGCGGACCGAGCAAGAACCCAGAUCGGUCAAAGAUGUCUGAGCAGGACCUGAAGCGAGACGCCUUGAAGCAAUUAGAAAGGGAAGCCAACAGGGCUGCCGGUCCCUAUAUCCACUUCACUCUGCAAAAGACCAAUCGCGACAAUUCGGAUGCUCUCAAUAUUCUCGCGAGAGCUCUGAACGUCCAGGGUAGAGAUAUUGGGACAGCAGGCACGAAAGAUAAACGUGCCGUCAGCGUGCAGAGAGUCUCACUCGAUCGCGGACGAAGCAAGAAGAGCCUGGACGAUAUAUGGUAUCUUAUGCAUAACAGAGGCAACGAGCAAGGCUCGAAUGACAGAGGUCGAGGCGGCCGCGGAGGCAGAGGUGGGCGAGGCGGCGGGCGCAGAGGACCAGAUCAGCAGCACACGCGCGGCGACAAGGGAAUUCGCAUUGGUGACUUGUGCUAUGCAGACGAACCGCUCAAGCUGGGCGAUCUUAAAGGCAAUCGCUUCCUCAUCACCUUGCGAGACCUGCAAGUCGAGUCUGACGAAAUUGUUGACAAGGCGAUGGCUACUUUGCGGCAUGGCUUCAUCAAUUACUACGGUACUCAGAGAUUCGGAACCGCGACGAUCCCCACCCAUGCCAUCGGACUCGCACUCUUGCACAAUGACUAUGAGCUCGCUUGCGAUCUCAUCAUGCGCCCCCGUGCCGACGAGCAGGAACCUGCAGGCUCGAUCAGGAAGACGUAUGCAGAGACGGGCGAUGCAAAAGCUGCGCUGGCUGCUUUCCCACGCUGGCUCGUGGCCGAGCGCCAUAUUCUCGAAGGGUUGAUCAAGGAUCCCCAAGAUCACAAGAAUGCGCUACAAAGGAUACCCAAGCAGCUGCGUAUGAUGUUCGUCAAUGCCUAUCAGUCGUACAUCUGGAAUCGGGUAGCGUCGGAGCGCGCCAAGCUCUAUGGCUGCGACAAACCCGUCGUUGGUGAUCUGGUCAUGCUGUCAGAUAUGCAAGAGGGCGAAGAAGCUGACUUGCCGGAAGAUGACGAGGCCAUCUCGAAGCAAACGCGCACGCUGCGUGCAAAGUCGCGCAUCGCAGCCGUCAAAAUUUUGAGAGAAGCAGAUCUCGCAUCGGUUUCGAUCCACGACGUCGUGCUGCCUCAAGUCGGCUUCAAUUGUGUCUAUCCUGCCAAUGAGCUCGGAGAGCUGGCCAAAGCAAUCCUCAAGGAGGAUGGUCUCGAAUGGACAGAUCUCGUUCGCGAAAAGGCAGAAUAUUCGCUGAGUGGUUCAUACCGCAAGUUCCUGCACAAGCCUGGUCAUGUGUCCCAUACAAUUCUGAAUUACAGCGAUCCCAAUUUUCCACUGGCGGCAUCGGACGAAGAUGCUUUGCUGGGCGAGCCAAUGCCAGAGCCAGAAGCGAAUCCUAUUCGCCGAGCCUUGCAGAUCGACUUGCAUCUUGGCACUGCAGCUUAUGCGACUAUGGCUCUGCGAGAGAUCAUGAAGGUCGACACUGGCUCGAAUCACCAGCGCGCACUGACGCAGGCAGAUCAGGCGACUCGCGCUGCGCAAGCGGCAGCGCCCAUUCUUGAGGACAGCAACGCCUCUGCAGAUACCGCCAGCGGCGCUGCUGGCACCGAUACGCUGGGUCAUGCGGCAGACGCAGAGACGCACGUCGAUGCAGUCGAGCCUAUCGACACCUAA